AUGAUUCAGGUGUGCAGCUUUACAGUAUUACUGCUCUUGGCAGCCUUCGGUGACUUUGCCAGUGGGCAGCAGCCAGAGCGCGUCUGUGCCAUUGCACGCUACACCGCGGAAUGUGAGCAGCUGCAGCGUGGUGCAUCGGAGGUGGUAUGCGUGCACGUACAGGACAGUGUCGAAUGUGCCCAGCGCAUUCGAAAUGGUACCGCCGACUUUGGUGUGUUCAGCGCGGAAAGUGUGCUGCUUACGGCUAGCCUCGACUGGGAAGGACUCACCGUCAUCAAGGAGCUGCGCAGCAGCGAGAGAACCCGUGAAUCGGUCGACUUCCAGACGGCGGUCGUGGUGCGCAGCACCCACACGGGUGGACUCGAUGGAUUGCGCGGACUGCGCUACUGUCAUCCGGGAUUCCAUUACAGCCGCACCCAUCGCUGGACCGAGCGGGUGCUGAAGCACUUUGAGCGGCUCGUUGCACCGGUUAGGUGUGAUGACUUCCGUACCGUUACCGAGGUCGAAACGUUCGCCGUGUCGAACUUCUUCCGUGCCGCUUGCCGUCCAGGUGUAUGGUCGCAGAUACCUAAGGAGGAUUCAGAAUUAAAAGAAAAAUACUCGAAUCUCUGCUCGCUCUGUCCGAAUGCUAGCUCCUGCUCGUACGACGGCAUCAACAACGGGCAACAGUCGGCGUUGCAAUGUCUGGAACGGGAUGGUGACGUGGUUUACGCAUCCGUGCUAGAGAUACAACGUUUCUUCGCCGACCGUAGCGCGAUCGCGAACGAUUUCUCCUAUCUUUGCCAGGACGGCACACUGAAACCCGUCAAUGGACCGGCCUGCACCUGGCUAGCCCAGCCCUGGCCAACCGUAAUUGCGUCCGCAACGAAAGCAGUCCAAAUUGCGGCCCGUUUAGACGUGUGGUUGCGCAACUCGCUCACCUCCAGUACCCCGUGGGAAUCGGCCAUUAUCGAUAUUUUGACGCGACACAACGCAGACAAGAUCGCUGCCGCUUCCUCGAUUCAGUCGCCGAAAGAUUACUUCUUUCCACACCGCCCAUUACCGCUUGUGUCCGAUAUUUGCCAAUCGACGGCGCGCUGGUGUACGACGUCUUUAGAGGAGCGGGACAAAUGCGACGUACUGGCGAAGGCAGGCCUUACGGCCGGCGUGUAUCCGCUGCUGCAGUGCAACAAUCCUACCACGAACCGCAUCAACUGUCUGCGGGAAAUUUCGGCCGAGCGGGCCGACUUCGCCGGUAUCGAUUCCAACUACGGCUAUCUGGCGCGCCAGUCCAAUUUGGCAGCGGCACUGUACCAAGAGACAGAAAAGGAAAAAUAUUCCACCGUGAUAGUGCUGGUGCACGAGGGCAAAGGCCACGAUCGUUUCGAGAAGUUGCGCAACGCGAAAGCUUGCUUCCCGGAGUUUGGUGGAAUUGCUUCCAUCGCGUUCGUGAAUGUUGGCCGAUCGCGUGGAAUAUUCGAUCGUAACGAGUGCGACUACGGCCAUCUAAUGAGCGAGUUUUUCUCUGAGUCCUGUGCUCCAGGAUCGCGUGAUGACAUGCACGAUCCCACCGGGGAAAACGCCGAAAACCUGUGUGCUCUGUGUCGCUACGGUGAUAAGCCCACACCACGCGAGCUGGCUGGUGAUAAUGACGAGUAUGCGAACACGGAUGCGCCGAUAGAGGAUGCCCCGGAGGAAGUGGCCGAUGGAAUAGAUCCAGCCCUGCGCAACAGUGACAGUGUUAGUGUAUCGGUCGAUAGGAACUUACUGUGCGCUGCAUCCGAAUCGAACCGAUACUACGGUACCCGCGGUGCGUUGCGCUGUUUGCAGGAGGCCGGAGAGGUGGCGAUUAUCGAAGCUCAAAAUUUGGCCGAACACGCACAAUUCCUCGGAAUGAAUGAGAGUGAUUAUCGCGUGCUGUGCCGGAACGGAUCACUGGCCGCAUACACGGGCUUCCACGUGGACGAGGAGUGCUACCUGACCACGAUCGUGGACGGUGAGAUCGUGGUGCGACGUCAGUGGGAACAUUCGGACAAUCUCGUGCACGUGCUGACCUCACUCGAUGUGUACCUGCAGAAUGAUCCCGACUUCAGGAUGUACAACAUUUUCGCCGGACAGCGCAAUCUUCUGUUUGAGGAUUCCGCCCUGGGACUGGUGUCACCGCAACAUACCGAGCUGGGCACGUCCGUGAAAAACUACAUCCGUUUGUUCGAAAACAUCGAGGACUGCCAGAAUGCGGCACCGUCCACCACGAUCGCGCCGGGCGGUUCCGGUGGCCGGGCAGCCAUUAUCACGGUCAAUUUCUUGCUCACCCUCAUUCUCGCCGGUAUCAUUGCCUGGAGACUGUAG